ACACUUCUGCCGUCAUUCAUCUCUCUAAUCGUAAUCUUGAGACACGUACGGAUGUCCACAGCCCAUAAAACGCCGACUGUGAUUCGUCGGCCAUAUACCGCGAUUGCAAAGGGGAUCCUAGCUCAACGUUAGCGAAGUGAAGACGUUACGUUACACGAUUCACUUCACGCUUCGAUCACAACUCCCUGUUGAAACAACCUAAAGACUUGGAACAGUUCGAGGAUGUCUUUUAGCACCAAGGAUGCAAUGAGGGUUAAAGAAAGUCCAAUGUCAAACGUUUGCACACCAACACCGAAGCUUUGUAACAAUACAGAAUUGGGCCAAUGGUGGCACUGAAAGACAUCGCUAUGUUCGAAAGAAGGUUCCUAAACGCAGUAGCUAAACAUGUACGGGUUAAUCCUGGAAAAUUUGUCCGAGUAUAUAAAGCAAGUGUACGGCGAAGAUCGUUGGGAAGAGAUUCGUCGACAGGCAGCAGUAGAGCAGCCCAGCUUCAGCGUUCACCAGGUUUACCCUGAGAACCUGAUACCUCGAUUAGCCAAAAAAGCCAUUCAGGUACUGGGAAUUACGGAGAAGGAAUUCUUCGAUCAGAUGGGCGUCCACUUCGUCGGAUUCGUAGGGCAGUACGGCUACGAUCGAGUUUUGUCGGUUCUCGGUCGUCACGUAAGAGAUUUCCUCAACGGUCUGGACAACCUUCACGAGUACCUAAAGUUUUCUUACCCUCGAAUGCGAGCCCCGUCCUUCAUCUGCGAAAACGAAACCCGCCACGGUUUGACACUUCACUACAGAAGCAAAAGGCGGGGAUUCGUCUACUACACGAUGGGUCAGAUUCGCGAGGUGGCUCGACAUUUUUACCACAAGGAAAUGCGGAUCGAACUCGUCCGCGAAGAAGUUCUCUUCGACACCGUCCACGUCACCUUCAACCUUACGUUCGACAACCGGGCUUUUACGUACGCCUCUCUUGCCAUGACCCGGGAAGAAAAGCACCUGCCAAUCGGGGCCUCGGUUCUCUUCGAGAUAUUUCCGUUCUGUAUUGUAUUCGGGUCUGACAUGGUAGUUAGAAGCCUGGGAAACUCCUUGAUGGUAAUUCUGCCCGAACUUCUCGGGAAAAAGAUCACGCACUGGUUCGAUCUAGUGAGACCAUUGAUCGCCUUUAAAUUUCAAACCAUACUGAACCGCACGAACAACAUUUUCGAACUGCUUACCGUUGACCCGGUGCUUACCGAGCGACCACCGGACCGCCGUAAGAAUGAAAUUAUGCUAAGUGACGCAAUGGAAAAUCCCGAAGAGAAAACGUUGAGGUUAAAAGGUCAAAUGAUUUACAUGGACAAUUGGAGGAUGAUGAUGUACCUAGGAACACCGGUGAUGCCGGAUCUGAACGCGCUGAUAACCACCGGACUUUACAUAAACGAUUUAUCGAUGCACGACUUCAGCAGAGAUCUGAUGCUCGCCGGAACUCAGCAGUCGGUUGAACUCAAGCUGGCACUCGACCAAGAACAACUCAAAAGCAAAAAGCUCGAGGAGUCGAUGAGGAAGCUCGACGCCGAGAUGAAACGAACGGAUGAGCUGCUCUAUCAAAUGAUACCGAAACAAGUAGCUGACCGACUUAGAAACGGCGAAAGUCCGAUAGACACGUGCGAAAUGUUCGACUCCGUAUCGAUUCUCUUUUCGGACGUUGUUAGUUUCACCGAAAUAUGCAGCCGGAUCAGUCCGAUGAAAGUCGUUUCAAUGCUCAAUGCUAUGUACUCGAUAUUCGACACCCUCACCGAGAGAAAUCGCGUGUACAAGGUUGAAACCAUCGGUGACGCCUACAUGGUGGUUUCCGGAGCACCGGACAAGGAACACGAUCACGCCGAUCGAGUCUGCGACAUGGCUUUGGACAUGGUGGAAGCGAUAACCGAUCUCAAGGAUCCGUCCACAGAACAGCAUUUGCAAAUUCGUGUCGGUGUGCACAGUGGCGCGGUGGUCGCUGGUAUUGUCGGAUUAAAAAUGCCGCGUUACUGUCUGUUCGGAGAUUCGGUGAACACCGCGUCGCGAAUGGAAGCAACGAGCGAAGCGAUGCAGAUCCACAUAUCGCAGCCGACCAAAGAGCUUUUAUCCUCGUCGUACAAGGUUACGGAACGUGGGGAGAUUCAGGUGAAAGGUAAAGGCUCGAUGAAAACCUAUUGGCUGGAGAAGCGGGAAGAGCGUUCGCAGAUGACCAAAGGUAUCUCGAUCUGCGAGCCACCCCAGUGGCAGAAUUGUGCGGUGAAAAAACGCAUGUCGAUCGGCGUUGUCGGUUCGGGCCUCAGGAACGAACGGAAGUCGGAAAACAACUCGGCGUCGACGAGGACCUCCAGGGUUUCUUCCCCGGCACCGGCCAGUUCGAAUUCCGGCAUAUUGUGCGAGGACAGGCGAAUCUACUCGCCGAUUACCUUCCAGGACGUCGCGCAACGAUCCGUUGCGAAUUCGCCGAUAAAGAGCGUCGACAUUAAAGGUUUCCGUUCGAAUUCCGUAGGUGCUGUAUCGGCGAUCGUCCGGAGUCCUGCGGAUAUAUUUGGUUCCCUUUUGUCGGACACCGAGGAGCAUUUCCGUUUGCACAGGGACAGCGCGACGUCCCCGCAACUCUGUAACGCCGACACGAGGUCCUUAACGUCGUCCAAGAGUGAUCGUACCAGGGGUAAAUUGACCCCGGACGAAGAGGUCAAGGGUCACGUAAGGGAUACGUCGAACUUCAACUUGAACUCCGCCGGCGGAUUGGCCGGGAUUCCAAGUUGCGAAUUCUCCCUCGUCGCUGACCCAGAUGCUCCCGACAGUAGAAAUUUGCCUAUUAAUCAGGACCAAUGCUGCCCGGGUUUCGCUCUUACCAAAAGCGGCAAACCGCGGCAUCAAAGCAACGCCUGCGUUAUUUUUUAAAUCGUUAAAACAUUUGUUAUAUUUAAUAUAUGUGUAAGAUACAUAUAUCACGGAUUUCAGAUUAUAGCUCGAUAUUUCACUUGAUUGUUUUUUUUUUUUUUUAGAUUCUUUUAUCUUAUCUUAUCUUUCUCUGUCUCGGUAGAUUCUUUUUUCCGCCUAUCAAAAUAAUCGACAUCGUUCAAGCGAUAUGUAGCAAAUCUUAUUCUAAUUGCCGUGUUUUAGUUUACUUUUCUUUUUUUUUUCUCGUUCUUCUUGUUGUUGCUGGUUUGUUUUUUUUUUGUCACCAUCUCUCUCUAUUAGAACACUCAAAUUCAGACGUAUAAUAUAACGUACCGUUCAUCUUGAUCGGGGGAGAAUAUAUUUAUACAAGGAUAUUAGAUCGUUAUCGACGAUAUCAGACUGCAUGUAUUGUGUAAACUAUAAUAUAUUAUAUAUACCAGUUGAUGUGUGUAUAUUAAAUUGGAUUGAUUAAUAAUACACCGCGUGUAAAAUUCUCGUGUGAAUAAUCGAGCCGGGGGAAAAGACGUAUUUUGUGCAAUAGUUACGAAAAAUUGUAUGUAUUAA